AUGAUUGAAACCCAAUUAGCUCAACUUGCUAAUACCAUUAAGGAACAUCAUGUGCAUAUUAGUCUCCCACCCCAAAGUCAAGCUCCAAAGCAAAUGAAUGCCAUAGUGACAAGGAGUGGGAGGAUUUUAGGUGAUGUUCCUAGAGCUAAUAAGGUUUCUAAGUCCAAUGGGAAGGAACAAGAGGGAGUCGUUGAGUCUAGCGACAAUGAUGUGGUAGAUGAGGUGCCUCCCAUCGAUGAUGUGGGUGAUACUCCUAGACCAAAGGAGGCAACUCUUCUACCUCUCCCCACCCUUAAACUUCCCUAUCCCCAAAGAUUAAUAAGGCAUAAGUUAGACGUGCAAUUCUCAAAAUUCCUUGAUGUUGUUCGAAAAUUGCAUAUCACUAUCCCCUUUACGGAUGCGUUGAAACAAAUGCCAACCUACUCAAGAUUUCUCAAGGACAUUUUGAGUGGGAAGCGGGAUUGCGGCGUAAAGGAGACGGUGAACCUCACCGAAAAUUGUAGUGCUAUUAUUCUUAACCAAAUAGCACCCAAACUCAAAGACCCGGGUAGUUUCUCUAUCCCUUGUGCUAUUAAGGAGCUUGAAAUAAGCAAUGCCUUGUGUGAUUUGGGUGCUAGUGUUAGUUUAAUGCCUUAUUCGGUAUUCGCCAAGCUUGAAGUCGGUGAUCUUAUCCCAACCAACAUUACAUUGCAACUUGCCGACCGUUCGGUCAAAUACCCUAUUGGCAAGAUUGAGGAUGUACCCUUGAGAGUUGGUGGAUUUGUGAUCCCCGUCGAUUUUGUGGUCCUAGACAUAGAUGAGGACGUGCAUGUCCCUAUUAUUCUUGGUCGACCAUUUUUUGCCACGGAGGGGGCCAUUAUUGAUGUCAAGCAAGGGAAAAUCACUUUGAAAGUUGGGAAGGAUAUGCAUGACAUGCAUGAGCACUUGCUCACUACUAACGAUCCACUUGAGUAUGCUCUUUUGAAUAGAGAAGGCUUAGGUGAUUUAGGGGUUGAAGCGGCCAACUACAAGGAGUUACUGGAUUCCACCUCACCUUGUGCUCAAUCGGAGCAAUGCUUGGUUGUGCUUGAUCGGGAAGAAGUUAAGAAUGAUCAUGGAUUCUGA